CUGGCGAGGGCCGCUCGUCCCGGCGCGGGGCCCCCUUGGAGGCGGCGGGAGCGCCCAGCCCGCCGGGCGGAGGGGCCGCAGGGAGCCUGCCGGGGGAUGUCGCAGGGGCCGGCAAUGUCAUCUUACUUGUAGAAACAUCAUGACACACAGCAGCAUCAUGGUGGAUGUAGGCAAGUGGCCAAUAUUUACCUUACUGUCACCUCAAGAAAUAGCAUCUAUUCGGAAAGCAUGUGUAUUUGGUACAUCAGCCAAUGAAGCGAUAUACAUAACGCACAAUGAUGAGGUAUUUGUUUUUGGACUGAAUUGCAGUAAUUGUUUGGGAACUGGAGAUAAUCAGAGCACAAUAGUACCAAAGAAAUUAGAAGCCUUAUGUGGAAAGAAGAUUUCCAGUCUCAGUUAUGGAAGUGGACCCCAUGUUGUACUUUGCACUGAAGAUGGUGAAGUGUAUGCUUGGGGACAUAAUGGUUACAGCCAACUUGGGAAUGGCACAACCAAUCAGGGCAUUACUCCUGUUCAAGUUUGCACAAAUCUGUUAAUAAAGAAAGUGGUGGAAGUAGCUUGUGGCUCUCAUCAUUCCAUGGCGCUGUCAUUUGAUGGGGAUCUAUAUGCUUGGGGCUAUAACAACUGUGGUCAAGUUGGAUCUGGAUCUACAGCAAACCAGCCAACUCCUCGUAGAGUUUCGAACUGUUUACAGGGUAAAAUGGUAGUUGGCAUUGCUUGUGGUCAGACCUCCUCCAUGGCUGUAGUCAACAAUGGUGAGGUUUAUGGCUGGGGUUACAAUGGUAACGGUCAGCUAGGUCUAGGAAACAAUGGCAAUCAACUAACGCCAUGCAGAGUGGGAGCGUUACAUGGUGUGUGUAUACUCCAGAUUGCCUGUGGCUAUGCGCACACACUAGCACUAACAGAUGAGGGUUUGCUCUAUGCCUGGGGAGCUAACACUUAUGGGCAGCUGGGAACUGGCAAUAAAAGUAACCAGCUAAGCCCGGUGCAGAUCAUGAUGGAAAAAGAAAGGGUUGUGGAGAUUGCAGCCUGCCACUCUGCUCACACGUCAGCUGCCAAGACCCAGAGCGGCCAGGUGUACAUGUGGGGCCAGUGCCGUGGGCAGUCAGUGAUCUUUCCCCACCUCACUCACUUUGCCUGCACUGACGACGUGUUUGCUUGCUUUGCUACCCCUGCCGUUAUGUGGCGUCUUCUAUCAGUAGAGCACGAAGACUUUUUAACAGUAGCAGAGUCUCUGAAGAAAGAGUUUGACAGCCCAGAAACCUCAGACCUCAAGUUCCGUGUGGAUGGAAAGUACAUCCAUGUCCACAAAGCUGUUCUGAAAAUCAGGUGUGAACACUUCAGAACCAUGUUCCAGUCAUACUGGAAUGAGGAUAUGAAGGAAGUGAUAGAAAUAGACCAGUUUUCUUAUCCUGUGUAUCGUGCCUUUCUUGAGUACUUGUAUACAGACAGUGUUGACCUUCCGCCUGAAGAUGCAAUAGGGCUUUUGGAUUUGGCUACUUCGUACUGUGAAAAUAGACUGAAAAAACUGUGUCAACACAUUAUCAAGAGAGGAAUUACUGUGGAAAAUGCAUUUUCAUUGCUCUCUGCUGCUGUCAGAUAUGAUGCAGAGGACUUAGAGGAAUUCUGCUUUAAGUUUUGUGUCAAUCAUUUGACGGAAGUGACACAAACGACAGCAUUUUGGCAAAUGGAUGGUCCCCUGCUAAAGGAAUUCAUUGCUAAAGCCAGUAAAUGUGGAGCCUUUAAGAACUGAAAUGAGGCUGUAAGUUACGGGUGUUUGUAGGGUUUUUUGCAGUUAUAACAGGAUGUCAUAACUGUACGGGUGAAAGCGAGUGUUACCUCGUCUCUUGUACCAGAAGAUGUGAAAGACCACAGCAAAACCAAAUGUUUUCUGUGAACGGAACUGUUGUAAAAAUGUCAAGCAAAAUAUUCACUUGCAUUUAGCAAACCUGGAUGGUGGAACCAGCUCAACAUUUCAGACGGAGAGAGGAAACACUACAGUGUGCAAAGGAUACCAGCCCGUGUUAAGGACUUACCUUUUUAGCCUAGGAAAUCUCAGUUCUAGCACCACCUGUUAAUAUUUUCAUUUUACUUUUUGGGGUUGGAGAAUAGUCUGACCUGAGCCACUGAAUGAUGUUACUUAAAUCGUUAACUCCCUGGGAUUAUAGAGAAGCAAAUGGCAUGGAUAUCUCUUACUGCAUUUGCAUGGUUGUGAAUGAAUUUGCCAUUUGCUGUGUGUAAUUAACCAAGUGUAUUCAGUGCUUAGAAAAGCGUGCAAAAAUAAUAUAUCCUCAAAGCCUACACAAGUAGCUUUGAAGGGGUAACUAGCAAAUCUCAUUGGAAGUAAAUCUCUAUAUUUGGGUAUACCUUAAUGUAAGUUGUAAUGUGUACUUUGUGUAAUCUGUUCAAGCAAUAUUUAUAAUGGUUAAUGCAAAAAAUUCUCUCUUUGGUGACUUCAGAUUACAUUGGUUCCCUUGGAGGGGAAGGGAUACACUGUUCUGAAAGUGGGGGUUUUGCAUUUAAGUGUUGUAUAAAUUUAAACUACAUGUAAUAAAAUUCACUUUUUUUUGUA